GCACAUUUUCCGGACAUUUAUAUUUUUCGUUGUUACCCAACAUUUUGAAGUGUAUUAUUUCGGUUUUUAUAUUUUCCCAGUAGAACAUUACGUCGACAUGGCCGUACCUUCAAUGGAAAUACCCAGCAAGCUGCUAGAUGAGGAGGACUUCGAUGCGCACGACGAAACAGAUGAGCAAUUGGUCAGCCUGCUGGAAGCUGGACAUCAGUUGCCAGCUAUCUUGCACGAGGAUAGCAGCAUGGAGAGUCCCUUGGAGCAGGGCAUGUCCGAGCUGCAACGCAUCUUUGAGCAACUGGUGCCCAACAAGCAAACGGGCCGCUCGAGCUUAGCUCGAAGUCCGCAUUACUUCUUUGGCACACUGAUCGAGGAGCCGAGCGCCGAGGACAAGGUGAUUGGUCAUGUUUCUGAGCUAGAGGAGGACCAGCUGCCCCAGCCCGAGCUCGAUGACCAGACACGCUUCAAAGCAGCAAAAUUUUUCAAUCUCAUGCUGACCAAGCUAUGGCGACGAAGGCGCAGCGAAGUAUUCGAUCUGCACGCCCUGGUGCGCAGAUAUCAGGAGCUGGCCUUCAAGACCCAGAACGAGCUCUUCAAGCGCAACCAAUUGAUCUGCAUGGAGCAUCGACGCGGCGAGAACCUGCGCGUGCAGCUCGUCCGAGCAGUCGGCCGGGUCCGGGUCACCUCGAAAACGUGUCGGAUCAUAGAGGAGCAGUUAAUGCAACUGCGCGCCUACGAAAAGGAUCUGCAAGCAAAGCUUCAGGAAAAGACGCAGGAAUGUGACAAUUUUUCAGAGCUCCUGCAAUCUUGUAAGACCGAGUUGUUCAGGGAGUUGGCCAAAUACCGGCAAACAUCUAGCGAACUGGCUCAAGAGCAGCGUAAUGCACAAAACUUGGAGAUAAUCAACACAGAACUGGAAGAUGAGCUGCUCACACUCAAGGAUCGCUUUCAAACGCAGAACGAUAAAAUGACGGUGGAGUUGACGCGCAAACAGGAGCAAUUGGACUCGGCCUAUGAGCUGCUUAAAGACUUUGAGGAAGAAGUUGCUGAAUUGGAGCUGGAACAUACCGAACUGAUGCGGUCCAGAGAAAACGAACGGGCCCUGCAGAAGGAGAUUGCUGCCUUGAAGAAGGAGAUGGGCAUGGUGCGCUACGUCUUCUUUUAUCGUACGGUUCGCCGUCUAUCGGACCUUCCUCGCUACAUUUCGGAGCUGUUCGCCACCAUUCUGAGCUGUCUGUUUCCGCAGCCAAGCAUCAGCUCAGUGCGCUUUUGUAUUGCUCUGCUCAUCCUGAUUGCGGCAAUGAACUGAACAGCAUUUGCCUUAAAAAGCGGACAAGGGGCAUUAGUUGCGUGCCCAUUCUAUUUACAUGGCUAUGACUGUCAUUUUUUUGGGGUUGUAAUUGAAUUAACGUACAUAUAUAUACUUUAUAGUAGGAACAUUAAAUAGUUUUCAUUUGCCGUAUACAAAAAAUACACAAAUCCAUCAAAAUAUCGUGUACUUAUAAAUUUAUAAGUUUGCAAAUUUCAUAAAAAUAAUUGCAAUUUAAAUGAAAAA